AUGAUUGUUGUUGGUGAUUUGAAUAACGACCGUCAAUUGGACAUUGCCGUUGCAAAUUUCGGCACACACAACGUCGGUGUUUUUUUUGGAUUUGGAAACGGAUCCUUUGCGAGUCAGAUAGUACUUUCAACUACAUCAUCUCGACCAGUCUGGAUUCACGUGUGUGAUCUCAAUAAUGACAAAGCACUUGAUAUUGUUACCGCUAAUUAUGGUACAAAUACUGUAGGUAUAUUUUAUGGAUAUGCAAAUGGAAGCUUUACAAGCCUAAACACGUACUCUACUGGUUAUGAUUCUUUUCCAUUUGCAGUCGUCAGUGGUGAUUUUAAUAACGACGAACAGAUGGAUCUUGCUGUCGCCAAUUAUGGCACAAAUUCUAUUGGCAUAUUGUUUGCUAAUGGCAAUAGUACCUUUGCCAAUCAAAGAAGUUUUACAACUGGUUUUAAUUCCCAUCCAUAUUCGAUUGUCGUUGGUUAUUUUAACAAUGAUAUUAUGCUAGAUAUUGCCGUCACUAAUCAUGGCAAAAAUAAUAUAGUUGUAUUUUUGGGUCAUGGUGAUGGAAUUUUUCGAAAUGAAAUGACAUAUUCUCUGGAAACAGCUUCUCCAUAUGCUAUUGAUAUUGGUGACUUCAACAAUGACAAUCAAACAGAUUUAGUUGUUACUAAUAACGGCACUAACAAUAUAUGUAUACUUCUCGGAUACGGUAAUGGCACGUUUGCAAAUCCAAUAAUGUAUUCAACUGGAUCUUCAUCAUCAGUCUCUAUAGCUACCGGUGACUUAAACAAAGACAAUCGUUUAGAUAUUGUGAUCAUCAACAAUGAUACAAAUACUAUAAAUAUCAUGCUUGGUUAUGACGAAUUCUUUCCAAUUCAAACGAUAUAUGUAACUGGUUCUUUUCCAAGUUCAGUAGCUGUUGGUGAUUUUAACAAUGAUGCUCAAUUGGAUAUUGUUGUCACUAAUUUGUUUGGACAUACUGUUAGUGUAUUUUUUGGAUAUGAUAAUGGUUCUUUUACAAAUAAAACAACUUAUCGAACUGGCUUUUCUCCACAAUGGGUAGCUGUUGGUGACUUUAACAAUGACAUUCGAUUAGAUAUCGUUGUCACUAAUUCGAUUGACAACACUAUCAGUGUAUUUUUUGGAUCUGACAAUGGUUCCUUUGCAAACUCAACAACCUAUCCAACUGGUCUUUAUCCACAAUGGGUGGUUGUUGACGAUUUCAAUAAUGACUCUCAACUGGAUUUGAUAGUCACUAAUCAGAAUGACAACACUGUAGGCAUAUUUAUCGGAUAUGGCAAUGGUAGCUUUGCAAAUCAGAUAACAUAUUCAGCUGGUUGGAGUCCAAACUCUGUUGCUGUCGGUGACUUUAACAAUGAUAUCCGACUGGAUAUUGUCGUUACUAAUUCGUUUGAUGAUACUGUUAGUGUACUUAUCGGAUAUGGCAAUGGUUCUUUUUCAAAUCCAAUGACUUAUCCAACUGGCCUUUAUCCGCAAUGGGUAGUUGUUGGCGAUUUCAAUAAUGACACUCGGCUGGAUUUCGUUGUUACUAAUCAGUAUAGCAACACUUUAUCUAUAUUUUUCGGAUUUGGCAAUGGUUUUUUUGCAAAUCAAAUAACAAUUUCAACUGGUUUUGGUCCAAACGCUGUGACUCUUGGUGAUUUUAAUAAUGAUCAUCAACUAGAUAUCAUUGUCAGUAACAGUGCCAGUAAUAAUGUAAGCGUAUUUCUCGGAUAUGGUAAUGGCUCGUUCGCAGAACAAACGACAUAUUCAACUGGUUCCACUCCAAUGGCACUAGCUGUGGGUGAUUUUAACAACGAUACCAGACUGGACCUUGCCAUUACUAAUUAUCAAAGUCAUACUGUAAGUGUACUACUUCGUUAUGACAGAGGAGCGCUAAAAAACGAUAUCACCAUUGUACCUAGUAUUGGAUCUCUUUUAAGAAGUGUCGCCGUUUUUGACUAUAAUAACGAUAGUCUACUCGACAUUUUCGUUGCCAAUUAUGGUACUGAUAGUAUAGGUCUAGUUCUUGGACAUGGAAAUAGCACUUUUGGAAAUCAAAAAAUGUUCUCAACGGGCUUAUAUUCUCAUCCUUGCUCAAUUGUCGUCCAUGAUUUCAACAGAGACGGUCAGGUGGAUAUCGCAGUAGCCAAUCGUGGUAGUAAACGUAUUGGGCUCUUUCUGGGAGACAGUGAUAGAGCUUUUGAAAAUCAAGACAAUUAUGGCUAUGGUUUGGAUUUCGCUCCAUCGAUUGUUGUUGCCGGUGAUUUCAACAAAGAUGGGCAUUCAGAAAUCGUCGUUGCCUAUGAUGACAUCGAUAAUGUAGAUGUACUUGCCUUAUACGAGACGGGAUCUUUUACUCAUCCAACGACAUAUUCCACUAGAAUUGGUCCAAGUUCGGUAGUUGUUGGCGAUCUCAAUGAUGACAAAAAAUUGGAUCUCGUUGCCGUUAACGGUGGUUUUAGCACUGUAAGUAUACUUCUUGGAUAUGGUAAUGGCUCUUUUGAAACACAAACGACAUGUUCAACUGGUAACGCUCCAAAUUCUGCAGUUCUUGGUUAUUUUAACAAUGAUAGUCAAGUUGAUAUCGUUGUCACUGAUUGGCUAGACAACACUGUCAGUGUUCUUCUUGGAUAUGGUAAUGGCUCUUUUGCAGACAAAAUGACAUAUUCAACUGGUUCUGGACCAGCCUCUAUAGCUGCUGGUGACUUUAACAAUGACAUCCAACUGGAUAUCGUUGUAACUAAUUCGUUUGACAACACUAUAGGUAUAAUGCUUGGAUAUGGCAAUGGCUCCUUUGGGAAGCAAACGACAUAUCGAACUGGCUUUUAUCCAACAUCUGUCGUAAUUGGUGACUUUAACAAUGAUGCUCAAUUGGAUAUUUUAGUCGCUAAUUGGAAUGAGAACACUGUCAGCGUACUUCUCGGAUAUGGUAAUGGUUCUUUUGCAAAUCAAACGAAAUAUUUCACUCGCUCUAGUCCAUUCUCUGUAGCUGUUAGUGACCUUAACAAUGACACCCGACUGGAUUUUGUUGUCACUAAUCAGAAUAACAAUACGGUCAGUGUAUUUCUUGGAUAUGGUAAUGGUUCUUUUGCCGAUCAAAUGACGUAUCCGACUGAUAGUGGGCCGAGUUCAGUAACUUUUGGCGAUAUUAAUAAAGACACUCGACUGGAUCUUCUUAUCGCUAAUUGUCGUAGUGACACUGUCAGCGUACUUCUUGGAUAUGGUAAUGGCUUGUUCGCAAACCAAACAACAUAUCCAAUUGGCUCUUAUCCACAAUCUAUAACUGUUGGUGACUUUAACAACGACAGCUGGUUGGAUAUUGUAACUGCUAAUUUGAAUGGCAACAAUGUUAGUGUACUUCUCGGAUAUUCUAAUCAUGCUUUUAUAAACCAACUUAGACUGAUAACAGGCAAUGGAUCUCGACCUAAGUCAUUGGCUGUAGGUGAUUUAAACAAAGACGGUGAAAUGGAUAUCGUAGUCGCAAAUUCGGGUAUUAACAACGUUGGUAUUUUUCUGGGAUACGGCAACGGUUCUUUCGCUAUUCAAAGGACAUAUUCAACUGAUUCUUCUCCAUGGUCUGUUGUUGUUGAUGAUUUCAACAACGAUACUAUAUUGGAUAUCAUUGUCGCUAAUAAAGAUAAUGAUAACGUUGGUGUGUUUCUUGGGUCUGUUAGUGGGACUUAUUCAAGUCAGAAGACAUUUUCGACUGGUUCUGGCUCUCAACCGAAUGCCGUCUUUGUCGGUGAUUUCAACAACGACACUUUGCUAGAUCUUAUUGUCACUAAUUAUGGAACAAACAGUGUAGGCGUCUUGCUUGGAUAUGGUAAUGGUUCCUUCGCCGGUAUAAAGACUUUCUCGAUUGGCUAUGGAUCUCACCCAUUCUCAAUUUGUGUUGGUGAUUUUAACAAUGACGGAAAACUGGAUUAUCUGGUGGCCAACGAAGGUGAUGAUAAUCUGAACGUCUUCUUACAGACUUGUUAA